GUUGGUCUUCGUCGCAGCGCCGAGGGCACACAGACCACGGCUAUCGUUUGACACCGACGCUGCUUGAUGUGCAUCAUAGGCCACCGACACCUGGCAAUCCUCCUCCUUCUUGUGCUCCGAGGGACAUCAGCUUUGCAGAAGGAUGUCUAUGCCAAACGCAGCACGUGGUGGACGAAGCGGUCCUUGGCCACUAGAUACACCACAGACGAGACCAUACCAGGCUGCAAUCUCUUCAAAACAAAAGGAGUCGAGUGCGCAAUAGAAAAGUGCUCGGACCAGUAUGGUCUCUGCUCAUACUCAGCCCGGAAUUCUGCAGAGCUCAGCCAUUGCUCCUUCCUCUUCCACUCUUGUGUGUCCACCUGCUUCAAACAGGAUCUUCCAGUCGUAUCUUUGACACUUUAAAGGGGUGUGGUUAUGGCCAUCCUUGCAUCCUGUCCAUUUACAGUCAUUGGGUAUCCAAGCUUCAAAACAGAAAGGAAAGGUUCUUAUAUCCAUGUUUUAGAUUUUUGUAUAGCAUCCAAGAUUCAAAAAUGAGUUGGUUUUCAUAUUCAUUUUUUUUUAUAUAUCAAUUCUCUCCUAUACUAUGUUUCAUUGGCUCAUUUUAUAAUCAAGAAUUUAAAAAAAGGUAAAUCUAAUAUAGGCAUGCAAAAUUAUCAUACAAAAAAUGAGUCAGAAUAUGUUAAA